UGGCAGCAUCCCAGCGCGUGCGUGAGGGCGUGGAUGAACUAACACAAGUCAAACAGGUCGGACCAACUCCAACUGGAUGGACUCUGGUAGCAGUGAACAAGGCGGAGGGCUUUAAAGUUGUUUAUGUGUAUAAACAUAUGUCUUUUUCACGGUUAGUCAUUCAAUUUAGAGAAGACGCGCGCGACCGAGAGCAGGUAGGCUACGGCACAACACCCGCAACAUGACCGGCAGUGAACUCAUUCAGAGAGUUUUGUGCGUGUGACUUGGAGUUUUUUAACGGGAGCGAGCAGAAGACAGGGGAGUAAAGUUAGACCCGCACUAAGUAAGUUAGUACGGUUCUAGAGUUUAAAGAGGAGAUCUCUUCGGGUUGGCUUCCGUGCGUAAACGUGCCCUGCGCGGGCGAUGCCGCCGGGGGCUCCAUGGCGCACAGGACUGCUGCUCAGCUUCCUGUGUUCCUGCGCAUGUCAGGAGAAAGAGUGCGUCCUUGGCAUAGUGGGACGGCCAGUCUCCCUGCCCUGCGUCUACCCCCAGUUAGUACCCUUUGUAAAUGUUUCCAUUGAGUGGAGGAGAGGUGAAAAGGUAGUGCUCAAAUCAGUGUGGAAAAAGGAUGGAGAUGUGGAGGAAUGGAGCAUUAACAGGGCCACAACCCCAGCGGACGCAGCACUGACCGGGGACGUCUCUCUGCAGCUGUCCACAGUUGGUCCUACAGAGCACAACACCUCUUACAGUCUCCUGGUCACUGCAGGGGACAGUCAGAGCACCGAGCUGUGCACCGUGUGCCUCAGGACAGCAGCCAGUUUCAGCUCCCCGCUGCUGCAGAAAGAAGAGGCCCAGCAGGGAGAGGAGGCGGCCUUCCUGUGUCACUCCACUGGGGGGUUUCCUGAACCUGCAGUUUACUGGCUCAUCAACAACACAGAGGAGCCCCCCGAAGGCUCAGUGAGGACCCUGGCGACCUCCCACCCAGACUCCCAUCUCUACAACAUCACAAGCUACCUGACAGCCGACAUUCCCAAAGACGCCAGCGUGUCGUGCAUCGUAGAGAACCUGGUCAUAAACGAAAACUUGACAUCUACAGACUAUGGAGUAAAGGGCGGCCCUGUGGUGAGUCGAGCAUCCGAAUCCUUGUGGAUGUUCAGCACGGCUCUCUGUGUGGUGGUGGGGGCCUUGGUGCUGGCAGGGGUCCUCUAUCAGAUUCACCUGGACCGGAUGAGUAAAAGGAAGAAGAACCAGUACCAGGAGCAGCACCCUAACCGAGGAUACAAACGUCGACGUCCAGACGAGGAGGAGGCCGAGGAGAUGAAGCCGGAGGGAAAGGAGACAGAUGUGUAAAACAAAUCCUCAUUAAUGGACAUGCACAGCGUUGGCUUGUAAAUAUGGAGUUUUUGUGACUGCUGGGUUCACCACGUCAAUAUUCAAAACAAAUGGUGGGUCCUAUGUAGGUAGAAGUAUAGUGUCUACAAUUAUUUUUAACAUUUCACCACUUCACCUCCUGUGGAGUAACUCCCUUAAAUGCACACACCCUUUCUUCUUGUUGUGGUUUAAUAAAGAUGCUCAAACCCA